AUGGAGUCUGCCAUUCGCUGGUCCCCGACCUCGUCGGCCACUGAGCAACGCUUCCUCUCUGUCGACGUCACAGGGAAGUCGUUUCGGCUAUGCAGGGUAAAUGGACUCGACGGCAAAACUUUGCGCCACGAAGUCUUGUCGACUCUCACCAAUGUUCCUGGUUUUCGUGCGUUCGACUGGUCUACAUCCGAUGAGAACCUAAUCGCUGUCGGCCAGUCCUCGGGUGAGGCCACCAUCUUACGUCUUGACGGUGAUGUCAAGGAGGCUCUUUCAUUUCCGGUGCGCAAUCAAAGAUAUUGCAAUGCAGUCGCAUUUAGUACGCAUGGGCUCGUGGCAUCAGGCCUCGAUCGCGUCCGCAACGACUUCUGUUUGAACAUCUGGGAUGUCAAUCAACGCUUAAGUCCUGCUGGCGGGACUAAAGGGUUUACUGAACCUUUGAGAAAGCUAGCUAUGUCUGAGCCCAUCACUAGUAUAAAGUUCUUCAGGGACCAGCCUGAUACUAUUGUGACCGGUGUCAAGGGUCAAUUUGUUCGGAUUUACGAUCUCAGAGAGGGACUCGGAAAUCCAUCAUUACAAUACUCAACCCGAUGUGUCCAUAACCUGGCCAUUGACUCACUUGACGAAAACUACAUUGCAUCUUGUGUACCUUCCAAUGAAAGCACCAUUUGCGUGUGGGAUCGUCGUGUGGGAACUCGACUCACAUCGCCUUCCGUGGGCUCUUCUGCCGCCACUGCCGACUCGGGUCAAGCAACAGCUGCGCUGCAGUUGAAGAACGUGUUUCAUCCAAAAGCUUCUAUCUGGAGCUUGCGGUUUUCCAAAACCAACCGGGGUAACCUUGCUGCGCUAUCUAGCACUGGUCAUUUCAAGCAUUAUGAACUUGCUAAAGACUACCUGCCGGAGGAAUAUCGGUCCUCGAUAGAUGAGACCCUGGGUCAGGGCUCUUCCAGGAAUUACCCAGAAUCGGUCUACACCAAACAUGUGCGGGAUGUGUGUGUGCCCUUUGAUCACCCAACGCGAGGCUGCAAUAUUAAAGACCGAGUUGUUUCAUUCGAUGUUCUCAACUUGAGCCUGACCGCCCAAGCAAGCGCUAUAGCACUAGAUGGAAACGGAACACCUCAGAUCAUGACCGCACAGCCACCAUGUGCCCCAGUCAAUCUGUCUUCACAGAGUGUGUUGGCGUGCGGCAUCUCAUCAAGCGACUCCGAUGUGAGGUCAAUCCAUCCUCUCUCUGACCAAAUAUCACCCAUUUCGGAUUUGAUUGGAAACAUCAGGUCACGCGUAUGCUUUAGCUCGCAAGAGCACAGCGCAAACUCAAACGGUCAACUCUUUGUUUCCAGAAAUCUCCAGCCAAAUCCCGUCUCUAGUCAUGAAGACCGAGAACGCACCAUGGCACUGGGAUCACUGGGCGUUCCACUUACUGCUAAAGAGGCACUUACUCUAGGCGCAGUCAACAAAUCUCGUUGCAAAGAAGGCUAUCUCUUCGAUGAGGCUCGGAACCGUAAAGUGGCGGCUGAUGACCAAGCCCUGCAAGACUUUUGGGGUUGGGUUGAACGUGCCCGGACAGACUCCUCUGGCAGCUCAAUGGUAGUUAAUGGCUUGGAUCUAAAUUAUCUGGGUGUUUCAACCCUCUGGAACAACGAUCUAGGGCGUGGCUUGGAGCAACGUCUCAUCAAUGCUAAGACAGAUAGCCCACAGACAGUUGCGGACGCAGUAAAAUCCUUAGCCGGACAACUAGAUCUACCUGAGACGAAGGGGUGUGAUACUGCUUAUCCCAGCCACCGUCGCCUCUGCCUUCGUCUCUGCGGUGCAUCGCAAUCCUACCGCGAACUGGAGCAGACGGUGAAGGAGCUUUCUGGCAAUAACCAGCAUACCAAAGCCGCCGCGCUAGCUGUUUUCCAAGAUGAACCAAAGCUGGCUUAUCUUGGACUUCGAGGCAACAAACCCACUCAGGCCCAUAAACUACUAGCUAUGGCAAUUGCCGGUGCUUCCAAAGGAGACAGUGACACGGACUGGGAAGAGACUUGUGCAGAGAUUGCCAAGGAGCUCACUGAUCCUUAUGCCCGGGCAAUCCUAGCUCUUGUGAGCAAGGGUGACUGGAAUGCGGUCACCAAAGAAGUGACUCUACCUCUUAAAUACCGUGUCGAAGUUGCUCUGCGAUGGCUUCCAGACGAUGAACUGAGUGUUUAUCUCAAGGAUGCUACCGCCGAAGCCAUUCGACAAGGUGACAUCGAAGGGGUUGUGCUCACAGGCUUGGGGCACUUGGCCAUGGGUCUGUUCCAGUCAUACAUUGGAAAGUUCAACGACGUUCAAACCCCUGUUCUGGCCAUGAGUCAUACCGUGCCUAGGCUCAUCAAUAAUCAAAACCAUAUUAUCCAAUUUGAAGCCUGGCGUGAGACCUACCGGCGUCAAAUGAAUUCAUGGAAGCUCCAACUUGAGCGAGCCCGAUUUGAUGUGGGCUCCCGCCGAUUCGCAGUGACAGCAGAUGGUCGCAAGCUUGCCCCCACGCCACCGCAGCAGGUCAGCCUUACUUGCAACUACUGCACUAACCCACUCACACAGCAUGACGCUUCCUCCCAAUUGUCUUCCUCUGCCAAAGGCACGGAGACUGUGCACCCCACUGCGGGCAACCCACUGGCCUCGGCGACCAUGGCCGGGACCGUGUGCCCGCGCUGCGGUCGACAUAUGCCACGCUGUGGGGUAUGUACGUUGUGGUUGGGGUCGCCAGACCCAAUGACGCGCGCGAGUAUUGCUGCGGACGCAGAGGUCACUCGCAAGCCCACCGAGGCAGAGGUUAUGCGACGGUUCGUGGUUUUCUGUAUACAUUGCAAUCAUGGAUUCCAUGCAAACCAUGCGAGUGAAUGGUUCAAGCGACAUAAGGUCUGCCCUGUUGCCGAGUGCAACUGUAUCUGUGAUCGGUGA